AUGGCAGGGUACGGUGGUGAAAUGUCGCAUUAUUCUCCAACAAUGGAAUUUGCGCUUCACACUGUUCUUCAUUCCAUCGAUGGAGCUAUCAAAUCAAAAAUCGCUGCAACAUCCCAUUCGACGGUUUUUUGUGUUAAAUCAGGCCUCUAUAAACGCUUAGUUGCUAUAAAAAUGAUCGAUUUAAACGCAUUACCAAAAUCGAUUGCUGUAAAAUUUUUACCACGCGAACUAUUAUUUACCCAAAUAGUUCGACAUCCACACAUUGCGCGUGCAUUAUCAAUUCAAAUACCUCAUCCAACUAAAAUUGCUAUUAUCAGCGAAUAUUAUCCCGGUGGAACUCUGCUGCAUUUAAUUCUUGAAUACAAAAAAAUCCCUGAAGCGAUCCACUAUCUUCAUGAUCGUGGUGUUGUACAUCGUGAUAUUAAAGCUGAAAAUGUGCUUUUGGAUUCAAAUGGUGAUGUAAAGCUUACCGAUUUCGGUUUUGCACGUUACAUUAACCCGAGAGAGCUAUCGCACUCAUUUUGUGGCACCAAACCCUAUUCUGCGCCAGAAAUUGUUAGACAUCUUCCGUAUAAUGCAUAUGCCACUGAUUGGUAUGCAAUGGGUGUGCUAUUGUAUACAAUGCUUACCGGAAAAUGGCCAGCUGUUCGAUAUGAUGAAAAUGAAAAGGUAUCAAAUGAGAUAAUUUUUUCGAGAAGUAUUCUAUCACGUUCUGCACGUACUCUAAUUUUAUGUCUGAUGAAUGAAGAUCAUCGAUUCCGUGGUAAUUACAAUACGAUCCUGAAUAGUGAAUGGAUGAAAUCCUAUAACAAAUGGUUUAUAGCUGAUCAGCAUUUCAUUUACGAAGUUACCUGCACAAAUUAA